GAUCUGUUUCAAAAUUCGGAGAUGAUUUACCCAGAAUAUUUUAAUAUGGAAUUUUAUCAACUUAUGGAGGCAUGUCGUUGGAGUAUACCUACAAAGUUAAUCGACACAUUACGGUAUUCUUAUUUAGAAGUUGAUGAUUGCUUUCAUAUUGCUGCAUUUAUAGUAAGAAAUUGUUUGGAUGCAAUCUUAUUUGUAAAUUAUGCGAAAAAGUUCAACUCCUUUAAAAGAGAUUUCAAUCAGUUUGAAAUAUUACUAAAUGAAUGUUGUGAUGAUCUUACUCAUGGAAGUAACUUGAGAAAAAAUUGGGGUACAUACGAUAUCCGCCGAAAACAAUGGAUUGGUGAUAGUGCUAGACAUGAUGAGAGAAUGUUUUUAUGGUAUGAACAAAUAGAUCCUAAAAUUCUCUGUAGAAUGCUAUACCAACAAAUGGAUGGUGGAAAUAUACCGAAAUGGUUCGAGCCAUGGAUAUGUGCUACAAAUUGUAAUGAAAUAGACAGAUGUGAUUGUGGAAGAAAUAGUGAUGAUCAUGAUUGUAUAUAGAAAUAAAAACAUGAAUAUAAUUGUCUAUGAUAAGUUUUUUUUUAAAAAUGUGUUUGUAUUUACAAUAAAAAACACCUAUAAUUUAAUUAAUCGUUGUUGUGUUUUAUCUAUGAAAUGACCUCACCACCUUAUUUUCAGGUUAUAAAUACACCUUGUUUGUGAUAAUUAU